AUGGCUUCGAAUGAGGAGUACUUGGCCGCCAUUGUUCAUGAAAUUCUCCCAAUUCCGCUGCCAGCCGGCUCGCUAAUUAACCAAAAGUCACUGUUGGAGCUUGGCUUUGAUUCCUUGUUGUUGGCUUCAUUAGAAGGCCGGCUCCAUGCCCAAUUCGGAUGCGAUUAUGGCACGAUUCAUUUGGGAAUGAGCAUAGAUGACAUUGUCAAAGACUUGAAAUCAGGUAGAUUUUGAAAGUUUGAAAAGUUCAGAGCACGAUUUCAUGUUAAUUAGAUAAUAGGAUAAAAAUAAAGACACAUAAAAUAUAAAAAAUAAAAAUCAAGUUGAAAAUCGAAAUUCCAGGUCAAAAAACCAUAGAAUCCAACCUAAAAAUCGACAAAAACUUGAGAAUCUUCCCCUUGAGCACGCUACAAAAGCGGAUUCUGUUGGAAACACUGACGAAAGAUGACAGAGUAUUCGAUGAACAAGUUAAUAUCACAAUAGAUGACCUAAACCUUGAUAAACUAAAAGCAGCAUGGAAAACACUGAGUAUUCGACAUUCGAUAUUGAGAUGUACAGUAAACAGAGGGAGGUUAUACGAAGGUGACGAUAUUGUAGAAAUUACAAAUAGUUUAGAAGAAUCACCAUCAACAGAAAAUGCCAUACCCAUUAAUGUUAAUGCGAUUAGAAACACUGUAAUUAUACAGUAUCACCACAUGAUGUUGGAUGGCAGCUCACUAAGGAUGCUGUUAGAAGAGUUGUUAUUGUUAUACAAUGGUAGAAAACUAGAAGGUACAGUACAAUACCCAAAGUACGGUAAUUUUUGUAUAUACGAAAAUGAGUUUUGGAAGUCGAAAAACUUGGAAAGAGAAACCAAUUUUUGGAGAAAUUAUCUACAAGAUAACGACCAAACAUGUAGUCAUAUACAAGGUCCUCAACAAGGCAAUAACAACAAUAAAGUGAAAGAGAACAAAAAUGAAAUAGUUACAGUAGGAAAGUGUGAUACUGUAGAGUAUCUACUGGAUCCCAAAACAAGUAAAAAGCUAAGAACAAAACUAUACAGUAUGAAGAUACCAUUGUUUACCUUUCACUGUACUGUAACUUCAAUUUUACUGUCAAAGUUCUUAAAACUUGAUAAAAUUACAGUAGGUUUCCCAAUGUCACUCAAAUUGUCACCAGAAUUUGACAAAACUGUCGGAUUUUUUCUAAAUCAGCUGGUUUUCAAAGUAAAACCAAACGAGUUCAACACUUUCACAGAGGUACUACAGCAUGUUAACAAUGACAUGAACAACAUAAAAGAACACUCUACUAUACCAUACAAUGUCAUUUACAACGAAACUGACGUUAACCAUCCUGAAUACCUCGUGAUAGACGACAAAAUAGCUGAACUCCCUAAAGGUAUUACCAUCAAAAACGUAAAGAAAUUGAUUAUACACAAAAUGAUGAUCUACAUCAAGCAUGACAACAAAGACAGUAUUUACAUCGAUUACAAUGUUAAUUACUUCACAGAGUACACGAUACGAUUGUUCUUACAAUGCUAUGUCAAUAUCUGCAAUGAGUUCUUAACCCGAAGUGAAAUUAACCAUCAAACAAUCGACAUACAUCAACCCUUACUAUCAAGACAAUCACAAGCUCCAGACUUUAUGGCUGUGAUAGAAACAAGGCUAUCCCAACUAGAUGAGGACAAGGUCAUAGUAAAAGACGAAACCACAACCAUCUCAGUAAUAGAAUUCAACGAAAUGGUAUGCAAACUAUCGUAUGUUCUUCGCAAAAGCAUAGUAAAAACAGAACAAGAGCCAGCAGUUGUGGUACUAAUGGACAGAAAUGUGUACCUUGCCAUCAUGGUCGUAUCUUUAUGGAAGGCUGGUUAUAUACCAUUAAUAUUGGACAAAAACUGGGCAGAUGACCGUAUCCAAGAAGCCAUGUUGAUAACACAACCAUUAAAAGUGGUAACGGACGACUACAACACAACCAAGAACGCUCUGUAUAUGAAGGACGUGCUGUCGUCGUAUGAUUGUGAUCACAGUCAACACGUCGAAAAUCCUUUCAGCUGUCAUUACGGCUACUUCUCAUUUACUUCUGGUUCCACAGGUACUCCAAAGCUGGUCAAAAAUCCCAGAUCUGCCCUGAAUAACAUGUUGAACAACUACUUAUGUUUAUUCGAAUACGAUGAAGAUAGUGUGGUGUACCAAGUUGUAAAUCCCGCAUUCGACAUAUUCUACGCAGAUAUGUUGGUAUCUUUGGCUUCUGGAGGUUGUCUUGUGAUGGCCAGAGGAAAAAUACCUGACUGGAAGGAAGUAGGUGAGUUAAUGUUAGAGAAAUGAAGAGUUUGAUAUCUAAAAUACCUAAAAAACACAAAAAAAAGUAUUGCUCGGAAAUUUAUCCCAUUUAAAUUUUAAAAAUAAUUAUGUACUUCGAAAAAGUUCGGAAAUCCUGUAUUUCGAAAUUUUAAAGUUUUAUCGGUUUCGAAAGUUGUUUUCAAAAAAUACCGCCAAAAAAGUGGUUUAGUCCCGGCACGAAAGUCUUGUUUUGCCAAACGAUUGGCUUUUCGUUGACGAAAUUUGUAAAUUCUACAAAAAGAUAAAAACCAUUUUGUAAAGUCCACAAAAAUAUAUUAUUCUUGUUAUUUUCAGAACAAAACAAUGUCACCCAUGCCUACAUCAUGCCAGCCUAUCUCAACUCUUUCCAUAGUAACAUCAACGUCUUUUCCAAGCUGAAGUUGUUGAUGUUUGGCGGGGAGCGGAUCAUACCUCAGUUAGUUGAGCAGCUUCUGAAGUACGAUAUGCGUCUGUGUCAGUUAUUUGGAUUCACGGAACACGCUAUCUACACAAACUAUCAAUGGAUUAAUAAGGUAGAUGACAUUGUUUAUGUUGGGUGUCCAUUCGACAACACAAACGUUUACUGUGUGAGUGAGGAGCUGCGUAUGUUACCUUAUGAUACAGUUGGGUAUUUAUAUACGUCGGGGAUGGGAUUGAGUGAAAGCGAUGAGAGCGACAGAUAUCUCAAUAUUAAUAUUGGUGGUGCUACCCAGGGUGACGUGAGGUUGAUGUAUAAAACAGGCGACUUUUGUGAGUUUACUGUGGAUGGGAUACGCUUCAAAGGUCGAAGUGAUGAUUGUGACAAGAUAAAAGGUCACAUGAUCAACCCAGUGAACAUAGAUGACAUUGUAGAGAAGAGCGGGUUAUGUCAUGAGAGCGUGACCGUGAUAGCCAGGAGUAAAAUGGAUGAGUUACAGAAGAUCAUUGUGAGUUAUGUGCAGCUGAAGGCAGAGAAUACAGUAGACCAGGUGAGAGAGUAUCUGGACACGGUAAUGAACAGGUAUAUGAUGCCAACCUAUAUUAUCCAUAUAGACGACUUUCCUUUGAAUUCGAAUGGCAAGGUGGACAAGAAGUUGUUGAAGAACAGUCAUCAGAAGUACGUGGAUAUGCAUUAUCAUAUGUUAGGUUCAGGUGAUGAUCAACAUAAAGAGGUUACUGAAGGUACGAAUGACACUGAUAGUGUUACGUUGAAAGUGAUUGACAGUAUGAAUGACAGUGUCUAUAAAGAGGGUAAUGUGAAUUAUAAAGAUGUGAAUGAUGAAGAUGACACCUUACAGCCGUUUGAAGAAAUAUUUGGUCCGGAUAUUACACUUGACAGUAAUCUCUACGACUUUGAAAUGGAUUCUUUGAAACUUCUAAAUCUGAUGUAUCUUCUGGAGGACAAGUACGAUGUAAAGCUUGAUUUUAAAAGUUUAAGUGGGGCCGGAACACCAAGCGAAGUCUUGAAUAAUAUAAGGAAUGUAAGGCUACUACCAACAUACAAUCAAGAACAUAUUUGGUUAUUACGAGAUCUGAAUCCAGACAUUGUCGAUUACUACCGGAUUACUGUGGUAUUAACGUUCACUAAUACGUUGGACAGAAAGAGGUUUGAAGACUGUGUAAAGUACAUUGUAGAGAUGAAUGACAGUUUACAGUAUACUGUAGACAUGGACGAUGAAGGGUUGUAUUUGAAGAAUAUUGGGGAUGGUAAAAGUAGUAGUAAUGAAGAGGAAUAUAAGUCAAGGUACCAAAAUAAUGAAGAUAAUGUUAAGUACGAAUAUCUUGAUGAGAAGAGAGUGAAGAUGAUGUUCGAUCACAUUGCUGUAGAUGGCCAUUCUUUACGAUUGUUAAUGACACAGUUAACUGAAUUAUUCAGUUGUGAUGAUAUAGUAAAAACCUACAAUAACAUGUCUUUGAAACAAGAUUCAUUUAUCAAAUACGCUCAGAAGUCACGAUCAAAGGACUACAGUAAGCAUAAAAGGUAUUGGGUGAGCAAACUCAGGAACAAUUGUAAUAUACCUUUACCAUCACAAAGUGAAGGUUUCAGUGCUUCAUCUUACAAAGUAAUAUACGACAGUUGUACUAUUAAACAGUCUAACAUUGCUACAAUAUUUCAAUCUUUAGUAGCUUCGUACAUACGACAGUUACGCGACGAAACUGGUCUACAGAAGUUUAUUAUUGGCAUACCGUACUUAAAUCGUGAUAAAGAUACGAUGAACUUGGUCGGGUACAUGGCCAAUACUCUGCCUUUACUGUUCGAAUACAAACCAACAUACGACGAUCUUUUGAAGCAGGUUAAGGAAGCGUUAACUAGUGCUACGGAACAUUCACAAUAUCCGCUACAACUGCUGAAAAGAGAUCUAGGCGUAAAGGAAGACAUUAUACAACGUAUGGUAUCUUUUGAGGACUUUCGUAUGUCUGGUAAUGAUGUGUUUACUGUAACGGAGGUAGAGCCAUCGUAUCUCAAGUUUGAGCAAUGUUGGUACUUUUGGGUGGAAGAUGGUACUUUAACUAUUAAAGUGGAAUACGACGGUAACAAGUAUGGUAAAACGUUGAUUGAAGGAUGUAUUGAGAGGUUAAAAAACUAUAUUACACUCGGUAAUACGAAUGAAGGUCCGCGGAAUAACUUUAGGUAUAUUAAGCAUGAUGGCGAUAACAUAUCUUAUGCUGAAGGUGCUGUUAGAGGCGAGGUAAAUGAUGAUUUUAUUGAAAAGGUAUUAGAAAUAUACCGUCGUGAACUCAGUAACCCUAAUCUUACUGUGAAUGAUAACUUCUUCGACCAAGGAGGUCAUUCUUUGUUGGCUUCGAAGAUAUCCAACAAGAUACGAAAGACUUUACAUUCACAGUGUUCUACCAGACAUGUAUUCGAAUAUCAAACUGUAGCAGAGCUACGUAAAUUUUUAGUAGGGCAACAGAAAGUUCAAGAUGAGACUACCAUGACAUCUUACAGUAAGCAGAAGAAAUACUACAGUAAUCAGAACAUGUCUUACAGUAAUUCUAAAGGUAUAUCCGACUUUGGAACUGAAGAAAUGUACCAUAAUCUGAAGCAUAUAUGUUUUACUGAGCAGUCACUACUUUACUCUGUUCUUCGAACUUCUGAAGAUAUUCGGAAGGCAUAUUACCACUACAUAGCUGUUGACAUUACUGACCUUAACAUAGCCAAGAUACGACUUCUAGAACUAAUAAACAGUCAAGAAAUACUGCGGACUGAGUUUGUGGAGUACGAAGGAAGAUACCAAGCAUACGUACAUUCAAACGUGGACUAUCUUAAGCUACCGUAUGUUAUGGUAUCUAGAGGUUUGGGCUUGGAAACAGUUAACAUCAACAUCAAGGAUAAUAUGCUGGUAAUGAAGUUGCACCAUGUGUGUGCUGAUGGCUACAGUAUGACUGUGAUGAAGGAUAUAUUGUUAAAUGAGGGUUUAAAAGAUAGUAAUGGUAAUAUAAAAGAAGUUAACACACCUUUACAUGAAGGAAAUAUAGACGAGUUGAGAGGUUUACUUAACCAAAGAUACGAUUGCAAUGACAGUACUGUAUUCUGGCAGAACAUACUACAGUCGCAGGGUAAUUUACUUUUCAAAGACACGAACAAGGCUACGGAAACAUGUACAAUUUCGUGUGUAAUAGACAAAAAAGGUAUCAUGAACAUGGCCAAAGAAUGUAAAGUAUCGUACAAUAGUAUAUUCAUGUAUAACCUUCACAAUACGAUGUCUCAUUGGAAAGUAAACCCAGAGGACAACAUAUACAUCAACUUGGUAAAGGACAUACGAGAACAAGAGUGUGGUCAUGUAAUGGGACACUUUGUACAAUUACUACCAGUACCAUACUACAGUAAUCUAAACGACCUCUACGAUGCAAUGUCACACAUUGAAGACCGUUGUUACUUUGAUAUUACCAGGUAUAUGGCCGGACAUAAUAUCGUAUCUGAGGUUAUGUUGGUAUUCACAGACGAUGAUUUAGAUAUGGAACAUGAUGCCAAAUGUCCCAUAACGUUCUUUGUUAAGUUAGAGAAUGACACCGUUGUUAUAUCAUGUGUUUAUAUGAAUUACUGGCACAAAGGUACCAUGCAAAGUAUGCUGGACACAUUCGUAACGUAUCUUCAACAACAAAAUGUAGCAAGAUUACCAUAUACAACAACUGAUCUUCCUCUUGUAGACCCUAUAUCAUUGAUAAUGUCACGAUGUCUACAGUUCCCUACCAACAUCGCUUUACAGUCACCUCAAAAUACCAUGACAUACGAUCAGCUGUACAAACAGUUACUUCAGACGUCACGCAACAUCACUAUUAAGUACAUAACACUUUACGGUCGGAAUUUAAUUAGCGACACGGUAAUUGGGAUCAUGAUUGACACUCGGUAUGAUGCAAUCCCUGUCAUCCUGAGUGUCGUAUAUCUCGGAGCAUCGUAUCUUUUCGUCGAUCCUGACACACCACCUCUUCGUAUCAACCAGAUGAUGGAAGAUACGAAUGCAGCCAUGUUGAUAACCCAAAAAGACGUACAACAUACCAAGGCUGUGAGAUACGAUGAAUUAUUCAGAGAUAACUUUGAAGAUACGUUUUUCAGUACAUACGAAGGACUCAAUGUUGAUGGUGAUUUUAAAACAGUGGAGGAAGAAGGUACUGAUGUUGAAGGUGAUUCUGAUAGUAGCAGUAGUUACAGUGGCAGUAACAUUAACCGAGAGGACUAUAAGUCAACUUAUAGUACUUGUUCUGAAGGUAAUGGUGAAGAUACGAUGAAGCCACAAGGCCAUAAGGCUAAAACGUCGGAAGAAAGGGAGAUUACUAUAAGUUUAUAUAACAAAGAAGAUAUGAAGAUGUCACAAGAUACGACAAUCACUGAUUGUAAAGGCUUUUUAUCAGAUCUUUGCUACAUUGUGUACACUUCUGGAUCUACAGGAACACCAAAGUCGGUAGCAAUUGAAAGGAAAGCGUUGGCGAACACUUUAAAUGACGCUACAGAGUUCUUGAAGGUGGAUGAACACAGUGUCAUAUACCAGUUCACCAAACUUUGCUUCGACAAUUCUGUUCUUGAGGUGUUUCUGGCUCUAACUACUGGAGCUACACUCUUCGUCAACGAUGAUAUGUUCAGUUCAGAAGUGUUUGCUUCUCAUAUUAAGGACUACAAUAUUACUCAUGCUUUUCUGUUUCCUGGCUUGGUAUCUACCUUUGAAGAUAACGAGCUGUUUGCUAUGUCAAGGUUGAAGUAUUGGAUAGUGGGAGCUGAGCCUCUAUCACAACAUCUGCUGGACAAGGCCUUAUCUAGCAACAUCAAUAUUUUUCAGAACUACGGCCCUACAGAGACGACCUGUUACGCGAUGCGUCGAGUGAUGACAGCUGGAGACACAGCCAACAACCUGGGGUCAUCGGUGGCCAACAUGCGAUGUCUUGUCGUCAGUGACCUCAGCCGUCAGCAGCCAUUGUUGUCGCCGGCUUAUGGAGCACCUCGCGAACUUUUAAUCUCGGGCGUGGGUCUGAUGAGAGGCUAUUUGGGGCCGGCCUCACCCGUGGCUUCGACAGAGCCUUUUGUUAUGGUCGAUAAAGAACGGUAAGAGACAUAAAUAAGGUAAUAAGCACCCUUGGUACAUGACAUUAUUCAUUGCCAUUAUGUAGACAAAGUGACACGGCAUGGUUAAUAUGAUUUAUGUCUUUUCAGGUAUUAUAAGAGCGGAGAUAUGGUGCGGUUGACGCGGCAUGGUGAUGUAUUGUUUUGUGGUCGGUUUGAUGCUCAAGUCAAGAUACGAGGGUUUCGAGUUGAUUUGCGCGAGAUCGAGAGUGUUAUCAGUCAGAUUGAUGGGAUUGUGGCUGUAAAGGCGGUGGUAAACAAUGAUGACAUUGGUGUAUAUUACACGUGGAAGCAGGUGAAUAUUAGCUACAGUAUGCCUACUAAACUCUCAAGUUUAGCUACAAUCACUUCAAGUGUUACUUCAAGACAAACUUCUAAUCCAAGUUUAUCUUUCGGUAAGACUACAAGUGCUUACUUGAGAGAUUACUGUAGGCUACGGCUGCCUUCGUAUGCCGUACCCUUAAAUUAUAUUAAUGUAGACCAAAUGCCUUUGACCGCCAAUAGUAAGAUCGACGUAAGAGCACUCAAAGAGAUGAAACAAUACACUUUUGAGAAUCAAGAUGGACAACAUCUGAAGGUAUAUGACAUAUGGAGAGAAGUGUUACGGUAUGACAAAGUAAGGAUUUAUGACAACUUCUUUGAAGUGGGCGGCAAUUCUCUAUCAGCUUUUACAUUAUUGAGAAAAGUUAAAAAGGAGUACGGUAUUAGUAUUAAAUACGACAAGUUUUUGAAGAAUUCUACAAUUGAAGGGCUUCUACAGUAUCUCUCUGUAAGAAAUGACAAUAAUCAAGUAUAUCAUGAAGGAAAUAAGGAGUCAAAAGACGGUUAUAUUGGCAAAAACUACCAACAAGAUGGAGGUAAUGUACUAGAGGAUGCAUCCAACAGUAUAGUACUUAGUGAUGUUACCAAAGGAGUACUAAGUUACCAACAAGAACAAAUAUACUUCCUGAACUUACUAAACGAAGACUAUGACGUAUUGUUUGUUCAGAAGUUUACUUUACAAUUAGACAUACUACGGUUACAAAAGGCGAUUAAUACUGUAAUAAAGAACCAUGAGGUACUACGAACACAGUACCUGGUAGAAAACGAUGAUAUACUACAACAAGUUAUUGAAGUACCGGAUAUUACGCUUGAAGUAUUGAAAUGUAAAGAAAACGAAAUUACUACAGUAAUCGAGUCAUUUAAAAGCUCUAAAACAGAUACUUACAGUAAUCCAAUCAGGUUACAGCUUUACAGAACAGAAUCGUAUUACUGUUUACUUCUACUGGUUAAUCACAUUGCUACAGACGCUACGUCUACUAUGUUACUGGAACAAUACAUUAGUGAUGCGUAUAACAAUGUAAACAGUGUCACACCAACAGUACGGUACAUCGACUGGUCGAUUAUGGAGAAGAGAAAGAGUUAUGAGUACAAAAAGAUGUACCAACAUUUCAAAACCUACUACAAUAUUAUCAAAAAGGAUUGUUUUAGAGAGAUAUCUGUUGCUUGUGAUACUGUGUGUCUUCAAAAAAGUUACAAUUACAUUCCUACAUCACAUUCUCUCUUUUCUCUACUUAUAUCUUUGAUUUCAAAGGCAUUUGCUUCUUAUUACGACAUAGAAAAGAUCAGAGUUCUCAUAGGAGCACCUCACCAGAACCGUACUGAAGAUACUCAAAACACUCUUGGCAACUUCCUCAAUAACAUUAUAGUACUAUCUGAGUAUGACAACAAGCACAGUUGGGAAGAGAACCUGCGAUGGAACGGUGAGAACAUUGGGAACGGCAUUGCUUUCGGGUCACUGCCGUUCUCUUUCGCCAAACAGAUGGAGCCCUUCGACGAGCUGUUCCAGGUCUAUGUCAACUGCCGAUACCAUCUCGAGGAUCAGCAAUCACUUCGAAUUGGUUGCGCCAUCAACACGGAUCCAAUUACACCGUCACGCCAGUUUCCAUUCGAGUGCCAUGUUGAUGUUGUGGAUGACAAAAUUAAUGUGCAAUGGCUGAUUGGGGCUGAUUACGGCGGGGUAAUUAAGCAAUUUGAUGCGGAAUAUGUUAAUGUAUACGAAGAGAUGGUCAGGAAGAAGGUGAGGAACAUGUUUUGGGAGUUAUUGGAUCUGAAAGAUGGUAUACCAAGCAAAGUAAAUGGUGAUGAUGCAGUGAGAAAUACGACAAAACAUGGCCUAAAUAGUAAUAAGGAUGAAUUAUUGAGAAAUACAGUAACUCUUAGUGAUGAUCAACAGUUUUUCGAACUUGGAGGGAACUCUUUGAAGUUGAUUCGGCUUCAGAAUCGAGUAAAACGAGAAAUGAAUAUUACUCUUGAUCUGAAACAACUAUACAGAGAUUGUACCGUCAAUAAAAUAUGGUCUUACUGUAACAAAAAUACCAAAUUUAAGCCAGAAGAUGCAACAAAUACAGUAUACAUCACCCAAGAUACAGUAGAUAUUCUUACCAAUCAUUCUACCAUAUCUGAUCAGUCUACUGCUAAUGGCUCUUUCAUACCUAAUCAUGUAGAGAUUAUCAACAAAGGCAAGAGUAAUCUAUUAGUACUGUUUCACUCAAUUGUUGGUGUCUUUUGUUAUCGUAAACUCUCCAAGUCAAUACUCGAUGACAAUACUACUGUAAUGUUAAUCGAUGUUCCGGAUACUGUUCCUGACACUUUAGAGGAGCUAGCUUUAAACUACAGUAACAUUAUCACUGAUUACACUGAUAAUUACACCAAUGUUAAUGUUUCUUUGGCUGGAUUCUCAUUUGGCGCUGUUUUGGCAUAUAGUGCCGGACAGAACCUGAAGUUUAAAUAUUCAAAUUUGAUUUCACUUGAUGGGAUAGCUAACUCUGGAGAAGUUAAUCGAGAAUUCACGUUUGAGGAGCAUCAACGACAAAUGGUAUCAACAAUGAAAAGAUUUGGUAUUGAUGGUGAUGUUGAGUUAGUGGACAAAAGUUGGAGGUUACUGCAGUUGGCUGUCAACUACAAUAUCAUAACUUCUGAUGAGAACACUCAUAGAAUCUUGACGUCUGCCGAGACCUCGCCCAACUUCACCGACUUCCACCUUGUUCGCACCGAACGCAAAGAUUACGGUUGGCCUUUCAUGAGUAAUAUCCGAUAUCAUAUCCGAACCUUGCCAACCAGCCAUUCGGCGCUUCUGGAACAACAUCACCAUUCCCUGGCCUUGAUUAUUCGAAAUCUGUUCUGA